CUUUCGCCAUCUUAGUAUAGCGGGAGGACCCUUGCGUUCCUGGAUCUAACUAAUUUCCUCCGUAAGGCUAAUGGAAUCCUUCCAAAUUGAGACUCUCGAUACUCAUUCAUAAGGCAACAGGCAUUGUACCCCAAUAGUAAACGCAAUUACUUUCAAUUACUUAGUCAUGAUGACCACGCAUCCCGUUGAGCUUAAAAUGAAACACUUAUGCUUAUCCCAGUAGUGCCUCUUCGCAAUGGAUGGCUGUCCAGCUUCACUUGCGGGGAUCAAUCAAAUAAGCCGUGAGACACAUCAUCAAAAGCCAAUGAUAGCGGCAUCGAAUUAGCAGGGGCCUAGGUGUUCAGAGUCGGCCGCCCAAUGAACUAAGACCAUUGGCUGUGUGCUUAUCUCGCAGCUUUUCAGCUCCUUCUCCUCAUAUAGUGUUGGUCUCUUCACUUUAUUGACAAUCCAAGCUCAAUCAAUUGUGCUCAAAUGUCAUACAUUGCCUCUGCUCGACGCCGGCGACCGCAGGAGUUCUUCCUGCCAAAUGGCAAGAAGAUCAUCGCCUCUCUACCCGAAGAUCUCGAAUCUUUACGUGAAGAACAUGGAAAGCGAAAUGAUGUUCAGGUUGAAGUUGUCAUCCACGGAUCACCAGAACAUUGCGACUAUCUAAGAGAGACCCGAGAUCACCAUGAGAGUCGCCGUGCUCACUUUCGACAACGGCAUGGCCCUGCCUUUGACGAGUGGGAAGAUAUGCAGAGUCAACUUGAUAUCGUCAACGGCCACCUGGAACGACUCUCUACCAACACGUCUGCUCUAAGUGCCAAUUUCGACAAGUUUGGUUAUGGUGCUGAACUGCGAACUUAUGAUGAUGAUGACCCCUCACCAGCUGCUGACCCCUCCAACAUGUCAACUUCAGAUACACUCUCAGUUGGUUCUGGUGGAGGUCAACCUCGACUAGGAGAAACCAUCAAACUCUUUAAGAAACCAGUGGUCAAGCAAUGGUUUCACAAGGGAUUAUUGUGGCGUGCUUCAGAAAACACCGAGAUCAUGGCCAUUGAGCUGUUCUUUGAUCUUCUUUAUGUCGGUAUCAUCCAUGUCAACGGCGAGCAUGUCUGGGCUGAGCCGACCGGCAAAGAGCUGCUUCGCUUCGCAAUCACGUUCAUCAUGUCAUGGAAGAUUUGGUCCGAUAUCACUCUGAUCUUGAGUUGGUUUGAGACGGACGAUGUCUUUACACGGCUUGAGAUUCUGUUCGAGAUUGCUUGUCUUCUGGGGUUCUCGACCAACAUGACAUAUGCAUUUUAUCCUGGCGAGCACAAUACCUACACUAUGCUGGUAUCAUUCUAUGUCGCUGCCCGUUUCAGAGGUGUCUUCCACUUCUUGUACACUGGGUACCUGCUGCCAAUGGUGCGAGGUGUUAUGUUCUGUCAAGCUCUCAACAUAAUUGUGCCUGCAGCCCUAUGGAUUGCUAGUAUUCAUGUUGAGAUGCCUUCUCGUCUGGGACUCAUCUGGGUUGCCAUCAUCUUGGAUAUGUGCAGCCAGAGCAUCCUCACUGGAAUUUACCAAUACGGCCGAAAGGCUGCUCAUGACAAAAGGAUUGUAAAGUAUCUCUCGGGGAUCUUCGAGUUCUUUCCAGCCGUCAAUAUUGAGCAUCGUGUUGAACGAACCAAUGCCUUUGUCUCACUGGUGUUUGGAUACUCUGUCAUGGGACCAAUGUUUCAGAGUCAUGGAGGAUAUACCGUUGAUGUAUUCUUGGGAAAGGCUGUUCUGGGUCUUUGCCAGGCGUUUGUGUUUAACUGGAUCUAUUUUGAUGUCGAUGGCAGCAACAUCGACAUCCAUGCUAUUCGACGCUCUGUGAUAUCCUCGUCCGUAUGGCACUACGCUCAUCUCCCGUUCAUCAUGGGCUACAUUCUCGCAUCUGCCGGACUAUCUAAGCUCGUCUGGGUCGCAGAUACUCCGGAUGCCAACCCUGAGCAUCUUACGGAACACUAUAUCGAGCGUUCGGAUCCUGAGAUGGCUGACGGUAUCCGGUACUUUUACUGCCAAGGCCUUGCUGUAGCCUUGUUCUUUAUGGGAGUCAUUUCAGUCACUCAUGAUCAUCGCCAUCCAGCAACUAGACGCCUUUCCAAGAAGACACGGUUGGCCAAUAGACUUCUCGUCUGCCUCAUCUUGUUUCUCUUGCCAUUGGCUAAGAGCCUAAACUCGCUAAACCUGAUAUCCAUCACUUUGGCUCUCUCUGUGUGGGUGUUGCUGCUGGAGUUGUUUGGCAAAUCAUGCCGCAACGACCCGUUCAUUGGUGAGAAGCAGGGGUGCUCGGUGAGGUACAGGUGUAAGUGCAGUAAGAAGGAUCUCGAGAAUGCCAACUUGAAUGAGAAGGAACAAAUUCCAUCGACUGAGGUGCUUGAGCUGGGACCCAGAGAGAAAACUGCGGUUCCUGAUGUGCAAGAAUAAGAACACCAAUGGGUUAUAUGGAAUAUAAUUUGGUGGUUAGCAUUUAUCCGGCCACAAUUAACGAAAGUGUCUCUUGAAAAGCAGAAGGUCGGUUUCUAUAACUAAAAUAUACGAACAGUCUAUCACUAGUAUCAAUCUCAUCCGAGGACCAUAUUCGUCCCAACAGUCUAGGAUCCACCAGAAGCACCUCCCAUGAUGGCCAUAGUCUGAUGCAUUCUUCGCCUAUCCACUUCUUUCUUCAUCAUGGACACACAACUCACCACAGCUAGAAUUUCCAUCUCAAUUGCCUCGUUUUUCCGAUCCAACCACUCACGCAAAUCAAGCAUAAGCCGUCCACCAUUUCCAGCAGAGCUCCUCCUAGAACCUUGAGUACGGAGUCCAUCGCUACGCACGAAUUGCCCAACCUUGCGUCUUCUCUCUUCCUGCUUCCCUCCUGCCACGGCCACUUUCAUGACUUGGUCUAGAAUGAGUAGACAAUCGAUUUCCUCGCCAACAGAGGCUUUUGCACUUCGACGUUCGGCGCGGGAACUAUAUCGCCAUUCGAAAGUGCCGAGAUGAGUGCGCAUGAUGGUGCUGCGAGUUAGAACACCUUUGCAGGUGAUCUCGAUCUCCUCUGCCUGGCCGUUCUGCGAUCCAUCCCCAACAAAACGGAUCUUGGGAGGCUUGCCUGGACCAAAGCGGUAUGUGGUCGUGCAUAGAGCUGCUUGUGUAGGGUCGUUCGCCCUGGCAAGAAAGCAAGAGCCUGAGUUUCUUGUAGGCCGAAUCGAUACAUACUCUGCAUCAUCGAGUUCUCCCGUUGCUGCGACAUUGAAGACAUAGAUAGGAUCUGGCUGAGGCGGUAGAGGAAGCCUAAUAAGUGCAAACCCAGGAGCUUGGAUCUGCAGUUGUUUUGUAGGAUAAAAUCCAGAUGUUGAAGAGGACGAUGCUGAGUCUCCGUUUUCAUUGUUGUAUAGCGUCGUAUAUUCUGGAAGGGAGUUUGUAGAAGACGUAGCUGGCGAGAGGCGUGAUAGUUCUACAGCUUCAGUAGUCUCGUAGUCAGGAGGUGGAGCUAAGUGUCCAGAGGGACGAUGGCCGAGUUCGAAGGAUGAAGUUGUCAUUGUCUCAGUCUUUGUAGACAUGGUUCUAUAACAGUGGUCUUGGCAAGAGUAUUUUGAAUACCUGAUUCUUUGAAUGUAGCUUGGUGAUGCUGAUAAGUCGUUGGUGUAAGUCUU